AUGCCGUCCACACAAUCGCCAGUUCCCCGAAAAAUGAUGAGAAGAGGCAAACGAAGUUUUGCAUCACUCAAAUGUUUGGGCGCUUAUGACAGGUCUAAGUUUGCUAAUCUCAACCACAUUUGCGAUGAAUGCUAUCAAUUAUAUCGGGAUCAGACCAUACAUGUCGCGUGCAGGGAAGACUGCUUUCGUAACGAUAUAUUCUUUGGAUGUGUCGAUGCAUUACUUUUAUCUCAUGAACACAAAUCACUGAAAGAGAUGAUCAAUCAUAUCAAUGGACGCAAAUGA